AUUUCCCUGCCUCACAUUCCGGAGCGAACUUGCAGAUUUUCCGCGAUGUCAAAAUUCUUUCACAAAUGGCGGAUGGAAUAGUGAAGUGCACGAGAGCAUAAAGUUGUGUUAUCAAGUUACUCUUUAACUAGAAAAAAAUGCCUUUAAGUUGCCGAUUUUUUAAGCAGAAAUUUCCAGAGAUUGACGAUGUUGUAAUGGUAAAUGUUCGCUCCAUUGCUGAUAUGGGAGCUUAUGUUCAUCUUCUUGAAUACAAAAAUAUAGAAGGGAUGAUUUUACUCAGUGAGUUGUCUCGUAGGCGUAUUCGUUCUAUCAACAAACUUAUCCGUGUUGGAAGAAAUGAGUGUGUUGUUGUGAUACGAGUUGAUAAAGAAAAAGGAUAUAUUGAUUUGUCCAAGCGUAGAGUGUCAAUAGAAGAAGUAAAAAAAUGUGAAGAAAAAUAUACUAGGGGUAAAACAGUAGCGAGUAUUCUACGUCAUGUUGGGGAAUUGUUAAAAUAUGAAACGGACGAGCAGCUAGAAAACUUAUUUGAAAAAACUGCAUGGUUUUUUGACGAUAAGUAUAAAGCAACUGGUGGAGCUUACGAAGCUUUUAAACACGCUGUUAAUGAACCUUCUAUUUUAAAUGAAUGUGACUUGGACGAAAAAACAAAAGAAAUACUUAUUUCUAAUAUAAACCGACGAAUGAUGCCUCAAGCUGUAAAGGUUCGUGCUGAUGUUGAAGUCAGCUGUUACAGUUAUGAGGGUAUUGAUGCUGUUAAAUCAGCUCUUCGCAAAGGAUUGCUUUUCUCAACAGAUGACAUGCCUAUAAAGAUUAAUUUAAUAGCACCUCCACUUUAUGUAAUAAGUACAACGACAUUAGAAAGAGAACUAGCUCUAGAGGUUCUUGGUAAAUCAAUUGCCGCUAUCAAAGAAUCUAUAGAAAAAAGUAGCGGAAACUUUGUUGUUAAAAUGGAGCCUAAAGUAGUCACUGACACAGACGAGGCUGAGCUCUCAAAAGAACUUGCUCGUUUGGAGCAAAUGAAUGCAGAAGUUGAUGGCGACGAUUCUCCUGAUGAAGAUAACGAAGGUUCGGGUAACGAAGAUGAUGAAGAUGAUGGAAAACCAGAUCCUGAAGCCUAAUUUUUCAAACAAAUAAAUAAAUUUAAAAAGAUAA